AUGUAUCAAAAACAGUUAAUUAGCGCCAUCUGUAUUGCCGUCAUCUUGGUGACGGGUUGUCCAACAUCAAUGGCAAUUUCAAAUGGUGAAACCGCAAAUCAUUGCGAAUUUCCGUACGUUGCAUACAUGGACAGAGUUCUAUUCGGUGAUCCAGUCUGUUCAGGAAUUAUUAUUAAUCCGGAAUGGGUUCUUACUGCGACAUAUUGUCUGCGAUUUGAAACCACUGGCAUUUCCUUCACUGCUGGGGUCACAAAUGUUUCAAUUGUUGGCGAAGGUGAGCAAUUGAGUCGCGUAGUCGCAACGAUUAUUCACCCCAAUUUUACCCAAGAAUCUACGCAUGGAUUGGCACGAAACGACAUCGCCCUUUGCAAAGUGUUUCCUCCCUUUGACUUUAGUCAGGAUGGAGUUGGGCCAAUUACUCUACCAAAUAAUGAGGACGUCGUAAAUGAAAGCUUAACGUUAAUGGGAUGGGGAGAGAUUAACUUGAACUACGAAUUCAAUCCGGUUCUGCAAAAGGCAGAUUUUAUCCGAGAAUCUGAUCAGCAAUGUAUUCAAUCAUAUCCAAAUGAAUGGGAUGCAACCAUGUUGUGCGCCUCAGGGACUCUGGGUCGAGUUGGGAUAUGUUAUGGGGACACUGGAAGUCCACUAACCUAUCGAAGGGAAGAAGACAACCGAACAGCGCUUUAUGGAAUUGCGUCCCGUUAUACAAAUCCUGCUUGUGAGAGGAACAAAUCAAGCAUGUUUACUAAGGUGAAACCAUAUGUGGACUGGAUUCAGGAUACAAUUUUGAAUUAUAAUGAAACCGAUCCCAUAUCCUGGGCAGAAAGUAUCAACACCUGUGGCGGCGUGCUGGUCGGAUCUGCAGGUUUAAUUAGUUAUAAAGUUGGUCAAGUCUACAACUCAAAGGAAACUUGUGUCUGGACAAUCCGACCCACUCCUGGUAAAAGAGUUACCAUGGCGUUCAAAGAAUAUGGCAUCCGAUCAGGAGGAUGGGUUUCGAAGGCAAGAAUUUUUGAUGCAGAAGGAUUAAUUGGUCCAAAUGACAAGAUUGUCCCUGGAACGAGUUAUGGGCAAAACGCUGAGGUAAUCUUCAUUACAUUCUACUCAAAUGGGAACCCAUCAAACGGGACUGGAUUCGCGCUAGAAUUUGAAGGAGAAAUGAGACCAAAUCCUGCUGGAUUGAAUCAUUUAAAUGAUAAUUAUAAUUUGGGCUCAAAUACCAUUGUUACGGUUUCUCAUCCCAGUGAGAUUGAUGAUAGAUAUGGGAGUAAUGAAGUGUCAACGUGGGUCGUGCAUAAUAGAGAGGUGCAGACUGCAUUAAGCGUUAAUAUUACACGACAGGACAUUGAUUGUGGUGGAGAUUUAUUGAGAAUUUAUUCUCUUAUUGGAAAUGAUGCAAGCUUUAGACAGGAUGUCGAAUCAUGUGGCAGUGUGAUCCCAGGGAGAACAUUCAUUGCGGAGGAUAAUGUGAUGAUUGCCGUUUUCAAAAGUGAUAGCAUAAUGGAGAGGAAAGGAUUUGCUGCAAAUUUUUUUCAAGGAUGACUAGAAAUUUAUGGAGUUUAUGAAAUUGACAAUUUUAAAUAUUUAUAA